AUGUUUGAUCACGCUAUAAAGCGUUCCCGCGAAGAAGAAGAGGAGGAAAAUUACUAUGAUGAGUACAAUGAGUACGAUGAGUACGAUGAGUACGAUGAGUACGAUGAGUAUGAUGAAUUUGACGAAAACAAUGAAAACGAAGAAGAGGAGGAGGAAGAAGAGAGUUACAUGAAACGCCAGAAGGGAAGAAUUUAUGGAGAGACCACCGAUGAAUUCGGCUUUCCUCUGGAUGGCACGGAUUAUCAAGCCCACAUCAAAGAUGCAGGUCCAGGAAUCUUCAUUGCUCCCGGAGGUGAAGUCCGAACGAUCGAAGCCACGGAUUUGCAUUUGGACGAAGAGAUUCUGCCUCCUGAACUGCGAAGCAAGCAACUUCCGAAAGCGGUGAACCUGAAAUACGAGGAAGUGGAUCCAGAACUCUUAGCAGCGAUGGAUGCUAUCGAAAACGAAGAUUGGUCUGGAGACGAGCAAGAGGAAGGUUUCAUUCCCGACGAUUUCGUGCAGCAGGCGAUCGAAGACAGGGAGGAAGACGAGGGCUUCGACUUCGACGCGCACAUUCGGAACUUGCUGAAGGCUCGCGAAGAGCGCGAGCGCUCGAAAGUGGAGCUGACGGAAGAUCGCUACGCGGAGGAGAUCCGGAUCGAGCCGACGAAUCGAAAAGAGCGGGAAAUCGAUCAGCAAUUCAGCGCAAUUGCGCAUCAGUACAGCGAAGAGGAGGGAGACGAAGACGGAGUAAUCGUUGGAGGCCCGCUCAAGAUGGACGAUGCGGUGUUCCAAGAUGCGUUGGACGAGUUUUUGGAAGACCAGGAGAAGGAAAAAGAGCGCGAGAAGGCCUGGGCGACGCAUCAGGAAACGCAGAGAGUGAAAUUAGCGACGGUGAACGAAGAGGGCGACUCGGAAGAAGUGGACGAACAGAUCGACUUGCAGUUCGCGCGGCCUCCGAAGGAGGAAUUCGAUUGCGAGUCGAUCUGCAGCACGUACAGCAAUCUGCUGAAUCAUCCGAAGUUGAUUUCAACGGUGCGAAAACCCGUGAAGAAGAUCGCGUUAUCCAAGAAAACUGGAUUGCCGAUCGUGGAAAAAGGGGAAACCGAGGAAGGAGAAGAAGAAGAAGAAGAGGAGGAGAUGGAGCCUGUAGAGAAUUUGGGAGCAAAGCGGAAUAAGAACGAAACGGCCGAAGAGAAACGUCUGCGAAAGCAGAAAGUGAAGGAAGCGAAGAGCGCCAAACGACAGCAGAAAAAGCAACUGAAGCAGGCGUUCAAGGAAGAGAAAAAGCGAGCAGCGCGUGGAGGCGAAGGCCGCAAUCUGAGUACUUUUACGAUAAACUAG